AUGGCCAGGAAGCUGUGGUCUACAUGGGAAGGUGGACAAGGAUCAAAGGAUCGUUGGAAGCAGGAUAGGAGGGAAGUACCAGCGGACCCAAAGAGGGAGACCAGUUACCUUAAAGGAUUUGAAGGCAUGGAGAUGGCGCUGGUGGGAUAUCUGCUUGAUUUCCACUGGUUCCAAGGAUCAAACGCCCUGUCACGGCGAUGGUGCUUGAAACCCCGGGAAAGACAAUUGAGGAGGCCAGCUUAUACGCAGAACCGGAAGAUCUUUGAGCAUUGCCACGGGGCCGUAUUCACCUCCAUCUCGCGCGGCGGUGGCUGA